AUGAGAACAAAUUUUAAUUUUCGAGGAAGAGAAAAAUUGAGUUGUUAUAAUUGUGGAAAACCAGGUCAUGUGGUAAGAGAUUGUCAAGAAACCAAAUGUUUUGGGUGGAGGAAAUAUGGACAUAUAGCCCCGUAUUGUCCGAGAAAACGUGAUAAAUUACGAUGUGCAAGUUGCGGACGAUUUGGUCACAAUAGAGAAGAAUGCAAUGUUAGUAAUAUCAAUACUCGAGGCUAUUUUCCGCAGAGAGACAUGGGGCAGAUUGUGCCAAAUGUGAGGAUUAUUGAAAAUAGGGAAGAAAAGGAGAUAGGAAUACAAGAUUUUACGGAAAAUAAAGAUCCGACUAUUAUUUGCUUUCGGUGCCGAAAAGAGGGACAUGUGGCAAGAGAAUGUGAGUACUUGUGA